ACGUAUUAUGACUAAUAAUAAGUGGACAACUAAUUCAACGGUAAGCACAAGCGCUCUAGCAAAAUUCGUUGAGCCAUGCAAUAAUUUAUGGAAGAAUCGGAUGAAAACAGUUGCAAACACCCCAAAUACGGAAAUCUUGCACGCUGAAAGAUGGCCAGAUCGUGGUGCUCAGGUAAUCAAAGAACUUAACGGAUGUGAGGAGGAACUUUCUGCCCAGCAAAACAAAUGUGCUUCAUUUUACAGUUGUAUUUCAAAAAUUACCGCUGUCGGCAGGGACGAGUGGAUUUUGGGAAAGCAAGCUUGGACCGUUUUGUAGUA